ACUUGUGGCUGUAGUACAUUUACCUGCAUUUUCUUUCAAAAACCUCCACUCUCCCUCACACAUUUCCUUAAAUUGCCCCUCAACUGCCAUCACUCCACUCUUCUCUCUACCAACUCUGAGAGAGAGUCUAAAUUGGUCAUCCCCACAAUCAAUGGCUGCCCCCGCCAGAAUUUCCGCCUCUUCUACCUCAGGAACAAUUUAUUUCCGUCAUACUCCGUUUCUUGGCCCAAAACCCACUUCAACAACCUCACAUGUUUCUCCAAUCUCUCCUUUCUCUCCUAAUCUAGGCCCAAUUCUGAGGUCUAGAAGAAAACCGAGUUUCACUGUUUGCUUUGUUCUCGAGGAUGAGAAGCUGAAACCUCAAUUUGAGGAUGAGGCAGAGGGUUUUGAAAAGAAGAUUGAGGAACAGAUCUCAGCUACACGCUUGGCGGAGAAACUGUCUAGGAAGAAAUCGGAGAGGUUUACUUAUCUUGUGGCUGCUGUAAUGUCUAGUUUUGGGAUUACUUCUAUGGCUGUUAUGGCUGUUUAUUACAGAUUUUCGUGGCAAAUGGAGGGAGGAGAAGUUCCUUUAACCGAAAUGUUGGGUACAUUUGCUCUCUCUGUUGGUGCUGCUGUUGGAAUGGAGUUUUGGGCAAGAUGGGCACAUAAAGCACUGUGGCAUGCUUCACUAUGGCACAUGCACGAGUCACACCACAAACCAAGAGAAGGACCUUUCGAGCUGAACGACGUUUUCGCCAUAACAAACGCUGUUCCAGCAAUAGCCCUCCUCAACUAUGGUUUCUUCCACAAAGGCCUCAUUCCCGGGCUAUGCUUCGGCGCUGGGCUAGGGAUCACAGUAUUUGGAAUGGCAUACAUGUUCGUUCACGAUGGUUUGGUUCACAAGAGAUUCCCGGUUGGACCUGUAGCAAAUGUACCUUAUCUUAGGAAGGUGGCUGCAGCUCAUUCGCUUCAUCACUCAGAGAAGUUCAAUGGUGUCCCAUAUGGCUUGUUCUUGGGACCUAAGGAACUGGAAGAAGUAGGAGGGACGGAAGAGUUGGAAAAGGAAGUGAAUCGAAGGACGAAACUUUCAAAAGGAUCAUGAAUGAUUGAUCUCAUUGUUCAUAAACACAGGAAGUCAUUUUACACUUGUUAUCAAUGAGGGAGGAGAAUUUUUGAUGUAUUUGACAGUAGAGAAAAAUAUAGCUCUGUUGAUGAAAUGAAUUUGUAUUUAUGUAGGCUCUUAUUCAGUAAGAA